AUGUUUUUUCUUAGUAGUACAAUUGGAACUGUCGCAUCUGGUGUUUUCGUUAGUAUUAAUAAUACUGUUUAUGUGGCUACUCAACAAACUAAUCAGGUUGUUGUAUGGUACGAAGGAAGUAUUAAUCCAAAUAAAAUUCUUUCUGGUAGUUUGAAUACACCAUCUGAUCUUUUCGCUACUCCUCAAGGAGAUAUAUAUGUUGAUAAUGGUUUAAAUGGUCGAGUUGAUAAAUUUGCAUUUAACUCAAAUAUAAGUACUCCUGCAAUGUCGGUUCCUAGUUCAUGUUAUGCCAUUUUCGUUGAUAUUAGUAAUAAUCUUUAUUGUUCAGCGUUUAGUUCUCAUCAAGUUGUUAGGAAGUCGUUAAAUAAUAGUGUACUUACAUCAACUAUUAUUGCUGGCAACGGUACAGCUGGAUCAACAGCAACUAUGCUUAAUGCACCUGUUGGAAUUUUUGUCGAUGCUAAAUUUAAUUUAUAUGUUUCAGAUUCUACUAACUGCAGAAUACAAAUGUUUCCUGUCGGACAAUUAGCUGGAAUAACUUUAGCAGGUGCUAGUGUACCAGGAACUAUUACACUUUAUUAUCCAAAUGGUAUUACAUUAGAUGGUAAUGGAUACCUUUUUAUUGCGGAUACUUAUAAUCAGCGAAUAGUUGGAUCAGGACCAUAUGGUUUUCGAUGUUUAUUUGGAUGUACAACUAUUGCUGGUUCUGCACCAAGUCAAUUAUAUUAUCCAGCAAUCUUAAGAUUUGAUAGUUAUGGAAAUAUAUUUGUUGCUGAUAGAAAUAAUAAUCGAGUGCAAAAGUUUAUAUUAGCAUCGAGUUCCUGUAGUCUUUCUUAUAAUCAACCAACAUUUUGUUAUAAUGCUUUAUGGUAUUCUAGUGCAUCAACUUUUGCAUCAAGUAGUACAAUUGGUACAUUACCAUAUGGUAUUUUUAUUGAUGGAAUUAAUACUGUGUAUGUACCUAAUCAAGUUAGUAACACUAUUUUAUCAUGGCCUCAAGGAAGUAAUACAUCAACAACUAAUACAUAUAGUAGUUUGAGCAAUCCUUAUAGUCUAUUUAUGUCUAUGGCUGGUGAUAUUUAUAUUGAUAAUGGCUAUUCAUAUGGCCGAGUGGAUAAAUAUACAUUUAAUACAUCAAAUCGUGUUACAGUUAUGAAUGUUAAUGGAAGUUGUUAUGGUUUAUUUAUUGAUAUUAAUAAUAAUCUUUAUUGUUCACUUAAAAGUCUUCAUCAAGUUGUUAAACUUUUACUUAAUAAUGGUACAACCACUCCGACAAUUGCAGCUGGAAAUGGUUCUGCUGGAUCACUGUCAAAUAUGCUGAAUUCACCUCAAGGAAUCUAUGUUGACAGUAAUUUAAACCUAUAUAUUGCAGACAGUGCUAAUAAUCGUAUCCAAUUUGUUCAAACCGGUCAGUUAGAUGGAGUGACAAUCGUUGGUAAUGGAUCAUCAGCAAAUAUUACACUAAACUAUCCAACUGGAGUUGUCCUUGAUGCUAAUGGUUAUUUAUUUAUUGUGGAUAGUUAUAAUCAUCGUAUUGUUGCUUCAAGUUAUUAUGGCUUUCGAUGUAUAGUGGGAUGUUCAGGAGGUGGUUCAUCUGCAUCUCAAUUAUCUUUUCCACAAAGUAUGGCUUUUGACAGUUAUGGAAAUAUAUAUGUUACUGACCGAAAUAAUAGUCGAGUGCAACAAUUCACUCUUCAAAACAACAACUGCAGUAAAAAGCAUAACUGUUUUAUUUUUCAGCAAUACCGACGACCACUACCACUACUACGAGCAGCAGCAGCAGCAGUACCACAACUAGCACUGCUACUACUACCACUAGCAGCACCACAAGUAGCAGCACUAGUACUACUACCACCAGCAGUACUACAAGCAGUAGUAGUACUACAAGUACCUCUACCACCACUACCAGUAGCACUACUACUACUACAACGAGUACCACAAGUAGCACUACUACUACCACUAGUACUACAACAAGUAGCAGCAGUACCACAAGUAGUACUACCACGAGCAGCAGUAGUACCACAAGUAGCACGACCACCACUAGCAGUACCACUACGAGCAGUAGCAGCACCACAAGUAGCAGUACGACGAGUAGUAGUAGUACUUCAAGUAGUACUACCACGAGCAGCAGCAGUACUUCAAGUAGCACUACUACCACGACCACCACUAGCAGUACCACCACGAGUAGCAAUAGUACUACAAGUAGCACCACUACUACUACUAGUAUUACAACAAGUAGCAGUAGUACCACAAGUAGUACUACGACGAGCAGCAGUAGUACCACGAGUAGCACUACCACCACGACCACCAGUACCAGUACCACUACGAGUAGUAGCAGCACCACAAGUAGUAGUACUUCAAGUAGUACUACCACAAGCACCAGUAGUAUCUCAAGUAGCACUACCACCACCAGCAGCAGUACUACAACGAGUAGCAGUAGUACUACAAGCAGUACUACCACUACCACUAGCACGACAACAAGUAGCACCACUACAAGCAGUAGCAGUACGUCAAGUACUACUACCACUAUCACUAGCAGUACUUCCAGUAGUACCACUACCACGACCACCACCAGCAGCACCACUACGAGCAGUAGCAGCACUACAAGUAGCAGUACUUCAACUAGUACUACCACGAGUAGCAGCAGUACCUCAAACAGCACCACUACCACCACAAGCAGUAGUACCACAAGUAGUACGGCUUCCAUUACAACUUCUCAAGGAUUAG